AUGGCGCCGCCUGCACUCAUCUGCGGCAGCGUUCUCAGACUUGUACACUAUGACCAGACAGACGGUAGUGCCGCAGCACGUUUGUCCCGCCAGGCCCCCGUAGAGUGCGAGCUCGUGGUAUUAUUGAGGCCGCAGACCUGGCCCGCCCGUGUGAAGUGGGUGGUGAAGAGCUGGUCAAUGGAGGCCCCUGGUGACUAUAUGCUCACGUGGUUUCACCGCUUUGACAUGCGGUGUCUGGAUUUACUUGAGUGUGCCUAA